AUGCUUCUCAGGAUGUCCAGAGGCCUAAGUACCCAGAACCCCCCGUGGAAGAACCUCACUCAUGAGGGGAGAUGUUAUGCUGCUUGUUCUGCCAUCCCCACCCCCACCCCCACCCCCAACACAUGCAGGCUGGGCCUUGCCCCAGGGCCCGGAGGCUACUCUGCCACAGGGCUGGGGCCUGCCCAGCAACCACUAAGGUCUGGAGACUUCCUGCAUUUAAGAAACAAAAAAAGGACCCAGCAGCCUUUUUGCAUCCAGCACAGCUCCCCAGCCCACCCCCGUCCCAGGCAUUGCACGGCCUGUUUGGGGGCCAGCCCACCCCAUUGCCCACUCUUGUUGUCUGUGAGUCCUCAGCCUCCACCAAGCACGGUGGCCAUUGUGUGCCUGCCUUAG